CCCCGGGGAGGCGGAGCGUGCUGUGGGGCGUGUGGCGGGGAGGACCGGGCUCCUGGGCCCGGGAGAGCAGGACGGAGCCCUCGGCCCGCGUGGCCACAGCCUCCGAGGCACGCUCUUUGCUUCGGGAGAGACGCCGGGGCGCAGAGGGGCUGCGCGCCCCGCAGGAGGGGGAGACGCUCGGAGACCCUGGGUGCUGAGCAGCGAAGCCGGCGGCGGGCAGGGGCUUAAGGGCGGAGGAGUCCGGGCUUUGCGCGAACCACGGCUGUGGAGCCAAAGCCUCUGACCCAUCCUGGCAGCCUGACUGACCCACCACAAAGACAGAGAGCGAGUCCUGCCAGCCCUGGGGUCCAGCCUGCUCAGCUGAGGAGCCGUGGAGCCAGGGGUGGCACCGUGCCCGGCUUGCCCGAGGAGGCCCUGGCCAGACCAUGGCAGGCGUCUGCGACAGGCCCCCCAACUUCCUCUCCCCUUCCGGAGACCAGACUCUGGGGCCUCCCCUGGGCAGUGUGGUCACGCUGAACUGCACGGCCUGGGUGGUCUCUGCGCCCCAAUGUCCCCUGCUCCCAGUCCGGUGGCUAAAAGACGGGCAGCCGCUGGGCAACGGCAGCCAAUUUGACCUUCAUGAGGACUCCUGGGUCAAGGCCAACCUGUCAGAGGUGCUUGUGUCCAGUGUCCUGGGGGUCAACCUGACCAGUGCUGAGGACUACGGGGCCUUCACCUGCUCCGUCCAGAACGUCAGCUCCGCUUCCUUCACUCUCUGGAGAGCUGCCCCAGCAGGCCACUUAGCCGCCGUGCUGGCCUCACUGCUGGUGCUGCUGGCCCUGCUCCUGGCCGCCCUGCUCUACCUGAAGUGCCGACUCAACGUGCAGCUCUGGUACCAAAAUGCCUACGGGGAGGUGGAGAUGAACGACGGGAAGCUCUACGACGCCUACGUCUCCUACAGCGACAGCCCCGAUGAUCGCAAGUUCGUGAACUUCAUCCUGAAGCCGCAGCUGGAACGGUGUCGGGGCUACAAGCUCUUCCUGGACGACCGCGACCUCCUGCCAAGGGCAGAGCCCUCGGCCGACCUCCUGGUGAACCUGAGCCGCUGCCGUCGCCUCAUCGUGGUGCUGUCAGACGCCUUCCUGGGGCGGCCCUGGUGCAGCCACAGCUUCCGGGAGGGCCUGUGCCGGCUGCUGGAGCUCACGCGCCGACCCAUCUUCAUCACCUUCGACGGCCAGCGGCGCGACCGCGCGCACCCCGCGCUGCACCUGCUGCACCAGCACCGCCACCUGGUGACCCUGCUGCGCUGGCGGCCCGGCUCCGUGACGCCUUCCUCCGAUUUUUGGAAAGAGCUACAGCUGGCGCUGCCGCGGAAGGUGCAGUACAGGGCGAUGGAAGGAGACCCCCAGACGCGGCUGCAGGAUGACAAGGACCCCAUGCUGAUCGUGCGGGGCCACGUCCCCGAGGGCCAGGCCCUGGACCCCGAGCUGGACCCUGACCCCGAGGGGGACCUGGGUGUCCGCGGGCCUGUCUUUGGGGAGCCGUCAGCUGCGCCGCACGCAAGCAGGGCCUCGCUGGGAGAGGGCCGGGGUAGCGAGGUGGACGUCUCGGACCUUGGCUCCCGGAACUACAGCGCCCGCACGGACUUCUACUGCCUGGUGUCCAAGGACGACAUGUAGCCGCCCCUCGCCCAUCCCCCGGGAGCCGGACCUGGAGCCCCUGGGGGCGGGGGUGGCCCCAGUGCCCCUCCUUGUGCCAGAAAAUAAAGUCCUUUUGGACCCUA